GUGCUUACAUAUUUGUGUUGUAAACUAAAGAGUAAUUGUUUCUAAUUUCUAUGGUAAUUGUGUUCUGUGGUUGUAAACAUAGACUUAGUAUCUUAAUCAAUCAAUCAAUCCUCUAUAUACGGUUGUAAAUUAAGUUUAUAGUUUGAUAUUAACUUAUUUCAUACAUUGAGUUGAACAUCCCGUUCCUCCGUUAUAGUGAUUUUUACAUUGAGACAGGGACUCCAGAACAAGUGCUGUGCAUUGUGCUAAAGAGACAUUGACUCAAUUUUAUGAAAUGAAGUAAAGUUAAAAAAUAAAAAUGAAAUGUUACAAGUGUGGAAGUUCCCCUGCUCAUGAUCGUAACAUCAUCUUGCAUCGUUUUCCUAAGCCUGGGAGAACAAAUAACUUACGGUGUAGAUUAUGGGCGAAGUAUUGUUUUCCUGAUUUAUGUUGGUGGUCUUCAGAAUUUCAUAACAAGCUUCAUUCUAGACAUAUAAUGUUAUGCACUAAACAUUUUAAGAGAUCAUCAUUCAUCGAUAGUUUUGGAAAGAGGCUAGUCAAAUCUGCAGUACCAGAUGAGGAAUGUGAUAAGAAAAUGGACAAUCUAACGACUUCGAUCGCGGACGAUCAAUCUAAUGAGCUCAUAAAGAAGGAACCUGAGGCGGAAGUGUGGGUGCAAAUGACUGAUCCAAAAGACGUGGUCAUAUCCGAUACUAGCAACUCGAGGGAGAAUUUUUCUAGCAGCGAAUACGAAGAAUCCGUGGAAAGUGAAAUUCCGAAGCCUUCGGCUUUUAAAGAAUUUCCGAAGGAGGGGAAAUUGGAGGACCUCCAUAAUGAGUCUCUAGCUGUUACGUUGAGAGAUAUAAAUACUCAAUUACAUGUGUUGAUAAAUCAACGAGACGACUGUUUCGACAACUUCGGUAAGUAUAUAUCGUCAAUGCUGAGAAUUAUGCCUAUACAGAAAUCCAUGGAGUUGCAGCCGAAGAUCGUAGCUUUAAUCACCUCGGUUGGAGUUAGUAAUAAUGAAGGUCGGAUCAGCCAGUCUCAUGAGAACUGUAGCUGAGGACAAAAAUCUACAUUUUUAUCAUACAGUUCGGUAGUGUUAAAUUGUGCUUAAAAUAUUGUCUGUUAACGUAAUAUUUUUAAUUUCUGUAAGUUAAAUUAUUAUUUCAGUUUGAAGUGACAAUACUAGCCUAAAAGUUGUAAUGGCUGGUAUUUAAUGAUUAUAUUUGCAUUGCAUUCAAGUAAUUUAUAAUUUUUAAGGCCAAAAUUCAAAACACCCCAUCAUUUUGAAUUACAUUCUAAAAUACCAUUAUUAAUGUUUUAAUUGAUAUAAUUAUAUCAUUUUAAAGAAGCUACAUCAAAGCAAUUAUUUUGUAAAUAAUAUUUUGAAACAAUUUAAAUUUUUACUUUAAACCAUGGACGUACAAAAACAACUUUUUUCCGUUACACAAUACUCUCAACGGACAAUACCACAAACAUAAAAAAAUUGAUCCUGUAUUAAUAUAGAAUAAGUACCUCGCUUUAGAAGGAUUUUUGAGAGAUAAGUACGUUUAGUAAUUUUUAGUUUUUCAAUAAGUAUUAUGUACUGUAAUCUAUAUUGAAUAAAAAUGGUUAUAUUCU